AUGUCCAGUGCCGCAGAGAAAGCCAAGUAUUUACCAGUAGUUGUUGAAAAACCCAUCCCAGUCACUUUCGAUUUAGGCAAUUUGGCUGUUUUUGAUUCGAACACACUAGAUGCAAACGAAUUGGACUCAUCUAACGCCCAGAGAGAGCAAAACAUCCAAAGUAUCGUCCGUGACAAUGUGCAACUGAUGAUAAAUCAAAUUCUUUCGCUACCAUUGAGGACAACUACGGAUUCAAAUGGUUCAAGUGGACAAGGCUCUUCCAUGACACUUGUACAGCUUCCUGAGCCCACGAGUGAACUUCCCAGGGAAAAGCCGCUUCCAAAACCCAAACCACCUACGAAAUGGGAGCUGUUUGCUGCCAAGAAGGGUAUUAAGUCUAAGGAAAAGUCUGGCAAAAUGGUGUUUGACGAAGCUACCGGCAAAUGGGUACCCAAAUGGGGCUUUAAAGGUGCUAACAAGAAACUGGACGACCAGUGGCUGGUAGAAGUUGAUGAGAGCAAAAACAAGAAGGAGGGUGAUGAACUGAUUGAUCCACGUACGUUGAGCAGAACGGAAAGGAAAAUGCUCAUCAAGAAAAACGAAUUGCAGCAUAAGAGAAAUCUGAAAGAGAACAAAUAA